UAGUCUCUUUAUUGUGUAAGAAAUAUUGGGAAAACUGGUUGCAUUCACAUAGCAAGCAUGUUUAUAAUUUAAAAAAAAAAACAAAUCUCAUUAUGUGAGAACAAGCUCCAGGACAACAAAUUGCAUUUUUUCUAUUUGCAUUUCAUGCAGGAAUGCCAGAAAGGAGCGAGAGAUUCCAGCUGAGCCCAGGCAUGCCGUCUGUGCACGCAAGCCAACUUCCAUGGAAUUGUGCCGGUAAUCUCGAAGCAGAAAGAUUCUUCUUCAAGUGCAUGCUCAGUAAUAAUCAAGGAAGGAAGCUUGCAGAAACAAUCAUUUGCAACUCCUUCUAUGACCUUGAGUCGCCAUCAUUCACACUCUUUCCAAAUUUGUUGCCUGUUGGACCAUUACUCACAAGCCAACAAUUUGGAAAGGCAGUCGGGCAUUUCUGGCAAGCGGAUACAACCUGCAUGAGUUGGCUGGAUGAGCAACCGGCUAACUCUAUCAUUUAUGCGGCAUUUGGAAGCUUGGCAGUCUUCAACCAGCACCAAUUCCAGGAGCUUGCACUUGGGCUUGAACUCUCCGGCCAUCCAUUACUGUGGUUCGUAAGAGACGAUCUCACAGAUGGGACAGAUGAUGCCUGGUUAGAUGGGUUUCGAGAUCGAGUUAGAGGCCAGGGAAAGUUGGUAGGAUGGUCUCCUCAACAGCAGGUACUGGCUCACCCUUUUAUUGCUUGCUUCUUUUCUCAUUGUGGUUGGAAUUCGACAUUGGAAGGGGUGAAGAAUGGAGUCCCUUUCCUCUGCUGGCCUUACUUCGGCGAUCAGUUCCUCAACCAGAGCUAUAUUUGUGAUGUUUGGAAGACUGGUUUGAGCGUAGAUCCUGAUGACAAAGGAUUUGUUCCAAGAGAGCAGAUCAAAGAGAAGGUGGACCAAAUAUUUUUGAAUGAGGAAAUGAAGGCCAGGGCCUUAAUGUGGAAGGACAUUGCUAAAAGGUGCACUAAGGAAGGAGGGUCUUCCUAUAAGAAUUUCAAGAGCUUUGUGGAUUCCAUGAAAGAAUAAUGAGCUCUUUUUCUCAAUAAUAAGGCACAUGGACCUUUGGUGUUUGCUUCAUCUAACUCAAAAAUAAGGUCUGAUGAAUGUGCCAUGCAGCAUUUGGAGACGGCCAAUGAAAUGGUCUAUGCAUUUAUUAAUAUUUAAGUAUCAUUCUUCUUUCUGCACUGUAGUAGAUUUUGUUUGGGAUAGGGUCUUUUGAGGGAAAUACUCUGAUCUCGUAAAUUGCUUUGCAGAUAUGAGUUUGGUGUUCUUGAAAAAUAAUUAAUGUAACUGACAGCUAGUUUAUAUUAUGGAUUGUUCUCAAGGCCACACCUGCUUCUCUCUAGUUCACCUCGUCAAUGAAAUAAGAGGUGUACAGAACCUACCAUUUUGCUCAAAGAAAGAGAGAGAAAGAGAGGGAGAAUUUGAAAGGAAUAUAAUAUGAUACAGUAUUUUUCUUUGUAUAAUUCAGAUUUAAUAAAUUAAUAAUCAAAAAAAAUAUUUAAACUA